AUGUAUGUAAAUACAAAAUACGACGAAAACUGCUUCGCAGUACGUACGUUUGUCGAUAAUAUAGGACGUAGCGGUCGGCUGCUCCCGCGCGGAUGCUGCGCGGGCGCGUCGCCGGAAGCGGAAGUCACGGGCGCUCAUCUGUGGAAAAAUGGCCGCUCCGAAUUACUAGGACGAGAGCGUCAAUUGGCAAUCGUGUCGCAGAGCAGACGACUUUCGUUCCGUGAGCUGAUGGAAAGCGGCCUGCGUGACGGUGGGGCA